CUGUUUUCUCGUUCGCCGUAACCUAUAAAAAGCUGAGAAAAUACGAGCGCUCAAUUCUGCCAGAGCUUGUUGAACCGUUGAACGCAAAAUUCACAGGUUUUAAAAUGGACGACGAUAGUGAUCAGGAAACCACGAUCGAGGACGACUAUUACACGUUCCUGAAUAUCUCCCGGAAUGCCAAUCCAGAAGAUAUUAGCAAUGCAUAUCGUAGACAAAGUAGGCUUUACCAUCCUGACAAACAUACUAAUCCAGUCCUUAAAAAGGAAGCGGAAGUUCUUUUUAAUCGUACUAAAAAGGCUUAUGAGGUGUUGAGCGAUCCACAUAAAAGAGCCAUUUAUGACUCGCUGGGAAUUCGUGGACUAGAAACAGAAGGAUGGGAAAUUGUACAGCGUACAAAAACACCUCAAGAGAUUCGAGAGGAGUAUGAAAGACUGGCAAGAGAGAGGGAAGAGAGAAGGUUACAACAAAAUACCAAUCCUAAAGGCUCUGUAACGGUAAACAUCAAUGCCACCGAUAUGUUCAGUAAAUAUGAUGAAGAUUACAAUGAUGGCAACGGGUUGUUCUCGCGUGUUGAAGUCAGCGGAAUGUCAUUCACGCAAUCCAUCGAAGCACCACUCACUUUAAGAGAUACUGUGACUAUGUCUGGUCAACUCGGAACUCAAAACGGCACAGGUUCCGGAUCAAUUAAUAUCUCGGCAAAACGAUUAAUAUCUUCGAAAGGCUGGGUGGAAGCCGAAGUAGGGGCUGGCAAUGGCCCAACAUUUUCCCUCAAGGGAUUUCGCACAUUAACGAAACGACUGUUUUGCAAUGGAGCAACAAUAUUUCAAUUUUCGUCACAUGGCGUGAAAGUUGGUUAUGUAGGAACUCUUGCUAUGCAGUUAGAUAAGCACACAGUAGGAUAUCUCACGUAUAGAGCUGGCAUUCAGGAUGCUAUGAGCACCAUGAUCGUAAGAGAUACAUCUCGAUCGUAUACGGCUCUCUCUAUACACUUUGGGCUUUUACACUCUUUUGCUAGUCUUAAUUAUACUUAUAAAAUGGAAGAGAAGCAACUCCAGCUUCGUGGUAGCGUUAAAGUUGGAACGUUUGGUGUAUUUCUCGAGUAUGGUGCGGAAAAAAAAGUUACCAAACAUAGUUCAAUCUCGGCAGCUGUACGCGUCGGAGUGCCAACUGGUGUUACGUUAAAAAUCAGAUUAAGUCGCGCCUCGCAGGCAUACACGUUUCCCAUUCACCUCUGCGACGAGAUUCUUCCGGCUCCCAUCUUUUACGCAACUGUAGCACCGAUAAUUACUUGGACGGUUGUUAAGAAACUUGUUAUCGAUCCUGUUGUGAAGGAGCGAAAGGAACGUGAAAAGGAAAAGCAGAGAGAGCUGAACAAAUCCAGGAUGCUGGAGAAACAAAGAGAAGCCAAAGCCGCCACCGAAUUAAUGAAAGAAACCGUUAGCAGAAUAAGAGCUGAGGAAGAAUCUAAGAAAGGAUUGAUUAUUACUAAAGCUCUGUACGGUCGGUUCGUUUAUCCUCAACAAGAUCGAGGUGUCGCGGAGGAAAGCGGGCAUAGGGAUGAAGUGAUAGACGUAACGAUUCCUUUGCAGUGUUUAGUUAAGGAUUCGAAAUUAAUUCUUCACAAAGCAUCUAAGAGCCAACUGCCCGGAUUUUACGAUCCAUGUGUGGGAGAAGAUAAACAGCUUUUGGUACAAUAUCUCUUCCAUACUCAAACGCAUGAAUGUCUCAUUCGAGAUGAUGCAGCUCUCAGGAUACCAGUCUCAUCACAUAAAGUAAACACCACCUGACAUAUGCAUUCAACAUCAAAACCAUCCCGCAGUCGUCACAGUUCCCAUCAAUGAUGAACGUUACUUCAACAUAGAUUCCUAUAGGUUUUACUUUUAAAAACGGGAAAUAUUAAGUGUUCAUAUACAUAUUGAUCUUUAUGCUUUGUACAUUGAUAGUAUUUUCAGUAUAAAAUGAUAUAGAUUAUUUAAAAUACGUGUUGUGUUUGGAGUUAAAUAUUCUGUAAACAAAAAUACAUUAUAGCUUAGUUAUACCAAAAAAAUAUCUAAUAUUAUAUGUAUAUUAUAUGUAUGUUAU